AUGGUUUCUGGCUAUGUUGGCAUACUAAUAUUGGUGUGCUUUUCAUUCACGUCUUGCUACAUCACUUUGGUUGAAUCAAUAGAUGGAAGUGGUAAUCUAGAACCGAUCGGGAAGUAUGCUAUGUGGCGCACAUAUCCAGGGAAAUUCUAUGGUUUUCAAGCAGAAAUUAGUUUAUGGGGUUCACCAAAUCAAACAUACUCUCAAGAAUCUGGAGCAUCCAUACAGAUGUAUUGUCAAGAUGGAGGACACUACAACUUUAUUGAAGUUGGAUUUCAUGUUUCCCCCUCCUUGUACCAUAAUAGAAAUGUUCGCUUCUUUACAUAUUCGUCGAAGGACUCCAAGUCAGCGGGCUGCUAUAACUUGCAAUGCAAAGGAUUUGUUCCUGCAAGUGGAGCCGCACUAGUGCCUGGCCAAGCAGUUGCUCCUGCAUCUAGUUAUGGCAAGUACGACCGCUAUGUGAGGCUUAGCCUUAAUCAGGAUCCAAACUCUAGAGAUUGGGUGGUGUACCGUCAUGAUGGUUCAAAAACCUCGUCAUUUUUGGGUCAUUUCCCAGUGGAGCUUUGUCCAAGAACCCCACGUAUACAAGCAUUGGGUGGAUUCGUGAAUUAUUACAACACCUCAAAAGGUCCUCCGAUGGGUAGCGGCCACUUUCCUGACGGGAAGGAUGAUGAGAAGACGGCUGCUUUCUUCAGGCAUGUUGAGACAUACGACUCCAAAGGUGACACUACUGAUUCAGAUACAUACGGUAUGAUCCCACUAGUCGACAAGCCAAACUGUUAUACGGAAACACUUAUCAAUUUCGAUUAUGACACGGGGAACUUGUUUUACUAUGGUGGACCUGGUUGUAUUGGUUAAGACAGCAAGCCCGCUUGAUGUAUGUGAUUCAAUAAUCAUGAAUUUAUUUAUAGUGCGCAGAUAGCGUCCCUACUCA